AUGACAAAAGAAAUUGAGGCGUGGAAAAAGGAGGGAGUUUCGAAAGACAGCGCUGCUGAGAUGAAAGCGGAGAUUGAAAAGCUAAAGAAGGAAUUGGCAGAGAGCAAAGGAGGAGGGAAGGGCGUGGGGGUAGUGGGAGAGAGAGAUAAGGAAAUGAAGGAGAUGGAGGAGAAAAUGAUGAUUAUGGAGGUAGAGGUGGGAAAGUAUAAAUUCGUGCAUGACAGUUUAAAAGAGAGGGUAGAAAGGCUGACCAAGGAUAACAAGAAACGAAUUGCGUCGGAGAAAGAGGCGCUAGAUGCUAUUGGGAAGGUGAGAGAGGAGAAGGAGGAGGUGGAGAGGAGACUGAGUGAGGUGGAGGCGGAAAGGGACGAGGCGAGGAGGAAGUGUGAGGAGGCGCAGCAGCGGAUGGAAGAGGCUGUGAGAGAGAGAGGAGAGGUGGAGGCGAGGAGGGAUGAGGAUGUAGCUGCUGUGCGGAAGGCUAUGGAGGAGGAGAGGCGGAAGGUUGAGGAGGGGAGGAGGAAGGCGGAGGAGGAGAGGGAUGGAGUGUUGAAGGAGAAGAGUGAGGUGGAAGGGGAGAAGGAGGUGUUGAUGGGGAGGUUGGCGGAGGAAGAGAGGAGGCGAGAGGAGGCGGAGAGGAGGCGAGAGGAGGCGGAGAAAGGGAGGCGAGAGUCGGAGGAGGAAAAGGCACGAGCUGAAGGGGAGAAGGAACAGGCGUGGAAGGAGAGGGAGGAGGCGGAUGCAGCUCGGACGGCGGCGGAGGAGGAGAGGGAUGAGGCAGUGAGGGCGAAGGAAGAGGCGGAGAGGGAACGAGACGAGGCGACGAGGGCUCGUGAGGCGGCGGAAACUAAGCAAGAAGAGGCGGAGAAGAGGAGUGGCGAGGCAGAGCGAUUAAGGGAGGAAGCGGAGGCACAGAGAGGAGAGGCUGAGAAAGAGAGAGGGAAGGCGGAAGAGGAGAAGGAGCAAGCGAAGAAGGAGAGGGAAGAGGCGGAGGCAGCACGGGGAGUGGCGGAGAAAGAGAGGGAAGAGGCAGUAACGGGUAAGGAGGAGGCGGAAAGGGAACGAGAAGAGGCGACGAAGGCACGUGAGGCUGCGGAAACGAAGCAAGAGGAGGCGGAGAAGAGAAGAGACGAGGCAGAGAGAUUGUGGGAGGAAGCAGAGGCACGGAGGGAGGAGGCGGAGAGAGAGAGAGGGAAGGCGGAAGCGGAGAAAGAGAAAGCGAAGAAGGAGAGGGAAGAGGCGGAGGCAGCUCGGAAGAAGGCGGAGGAGGAGAGGGAUGAGGCUAUGAAGGCUAAGGAGGAGGCGGAGAGGGAACGAGACGAGGCGAAGGGGGAACGGGAAGAGGCGAAGAGGGCGCGUGAGGCGGCGGAAAGUAAGCAAGGGGAGGCGGAGAAGAGAAGAGACGAGGCUGAGAGAUUAAGGGAGGAAGCAGAGGCACGGAGGGAGGAGGCUGAAAUCGAGAGAGGGAAGGCGGAAGAGGAGAAAAAUAAAGCGAAGAAGGAGAGGGAAGAGGCGGAUGAAGCACGGGGAGUGGCGGAGAGGGAGAGGGAUGGGGCAGUAAAGGAUAAGGAGGAGGCGGAGAGGGAAAGGGAUGAAGCAGUAAAGGUUAAGGAGGAGGCGGAGAGGGAGAGGAAUGAGGCAGUUAAGGGUAAGGAGGAGGCAGAGAGGGAGAGGGAGGAGGCAGUUAAGGGAAAGGAGGAGGCAGAGAGGGAGAGGGAGGAGGCAGUUAGGGUAAAGAAAGAGGCGGAAACUGAGAGGGAUGAGUCAGUAAAGGAGGCUGAAAGCGCUCGUGAAGCGGCUGAGAAGAGGAGGGAGGAGGCAGAGGGUAGAAGAGAAGCUGCGGAGAGGGAGAAGGAGGAAGCGGAGCAGGCACGUGCAGAAGCAGAGGCACGGAGAGUCGAGGCUGAGAGGUCUCGUGCAGAGGCUGAGGGGAUGAGAGAGGGGGCUGAGAGGGCGAAAGAGAAGGCUGAGAAGGAGAAAGUGGAAGCGGGUAAAGCGAGAGAAGAGGCGGAAAGGGAGAAGGAGCAGGCAGAGAAGAGAAGAGAGGAAGCUGAGAAGGCAAGGGAGGAAGAAGAGAAGCUGAGGGAGGGAGCAGAAAGGGCACGAGAUGAGGCGGAGAAAGCCAAGGAGGAGGCGGAGAAAGCUAGAGAAGAGGCAGAGAAGGCCAAGAGCGAGGUAGAAUCGAAGCUGGCAGUGGCAGAGACGAGCAGAGUGGCAUCCGAGCAGGCGUGUGCUCACGCUGAUGAGAGAUCAGCUGAGGCUGAGAAGCAGCGAGUAGCAGCUGUGCAGGCUUGCUCCGAUGCGAGGGUGCUAGCCGAGGAGGCAGAGAGAAGACGGGAAGGUGCUGAGAUGAAGCAGACGGAAGAGGAAAAGAGGAGGAAGGAGGCAGAGGAGAGGAGGAGAGAAGCGGAAGGGAGAAGGGAUGAGGCGGAGAGAGAGCGGGAGGAGGCUGUGAAAGUGAGAGAGGAGGCAGAGGCGAGGAGGGAAGCUGCUGACAAAGCCAAGGAGGAGGCUGAGGAGAGGCUACGUGAGGCAGAGAAAGCAAGGGCUGCUGCUGAGGAGGCGCGGGAGGAGAGCGAGAAGGCAAGGGAGGAGGCUGUGUCAAGGAAGAAAGAGGCCGAAAAGGCAAGGGAGGGGGCGGAGAAGGGAAGGGAGGAGGCACUACAGAGGGCGGCAGCGGCGGAGGAGAAGAGCGAGAAGGAGAGGAAGGCGAGGGAAGAAGCUGAGAGGGCGAGAGGGGAUGCUGGGAGGGCGAGAGAGGAAGCUCACAGGGCGAGGGAAGAGGCGGAAAAGAGUACAGAGGAAGCAAUCCAGGCGAGAGAGGAUGCAGAGGCGCGACGUGAGGAUGCAGAGAAUGGUCGGAUGGAAGCAGAGAGGAGGCAAGCAGAGGCGGAGAGGAAGCAAGCAGAGGCUGAGGCGGCGAGGGAAGAAGCAGUGGAAGCGAGGCAGCAGGCAGAGGUGGCGAGGGAGGGGGCUGAGAGGAAGCAAGCAGAUGCAGAAACGAGACAAGCAGAGGCAGGGGUGGCGAAGGAGUCAGCAGAAGCAGCACGUGCAGAAGCGGAGGUGAGGAGGACUGAAGCUGAGAGCGAUAGGGACGAGGCGUUAGCAGCUAGGGAUAAUGCAUUGGCUGCCAGUGGUGAGGCAUUGGCAGCAGAGGCUGCAGCAGCGGCGGCGAAGGAAGAGGGUGAUAAAGCAAGGGAGGAAGCUGAGAGGGCCAGAGAGGAAGCUAAGAAUGCGAAAGAAGAAGCUGACAAGGCAAGGGAGGAGGCUGAGGCGAGGCAAGGCGAGGCAGAGAAAAGAGCAGAGGAGGCAGAAGAACGGGCAAGGGAAGCAGAGGAAAGGGUCAAGCAGUCAGAGGAGAAGGCAAGGGAAGCAGAGAUGGCGGAGAGAGAAUCGAGGGAAGAGAGUGAGGUGGCGAAUAGGGCACAGGAGGAAGCAGAGAGCACACGCGAGGCAGCGGAGCGAGGUAGAGAGGCAGCUGAGAGGGCGAAAGAGGAGGCUGAGAAGGCAAGGAGGGAGGCUGAGAAGGGGAAGGAGGAAUCGGAGCAAGCACGCGCAGCAGCUGAAAUGUUGACAAAUGAGGCACUUAGAGCAAAGGAGGAGGCUGAGAGAGACAGAGACGAGGGUGAGAAGGCGAGGAAGGAGGCGGAGAGGGGCAGGCGAGAAGCAGAGAGAGCACAGGCGGAGGCGGAGAGGCAGAGAGACGAGGCGGAGAGGCGAAUGGCUGGUGCUGGGAUGAGCAAGGAUGAGGCGGAGAGGGAGCGGGAGGAGGCGCAUUGGGGCAGGGCGGAGGCGGAAAGGAGGAUGGAGGAGGCGGAAAGCAGGAGGGAGGAGGCGGAGAGGAGGAGAGAUGAGGCGGAGAGAGCAUGGGAAGUUUCUGAGAAGGUGAGAGAAGAGGCUGUGAGAGAGAAGGAAGAGGUUGUUCAGGGGAUGGUCGAAGCGGAGGAGAGGCGAGUGGAGGCAGGGAGGAGGCGAAGCGAGGCGGAAGAGAGGGAGAGGGAGGCGGAGAAGGCUUGGGAGGAGGCGGAGGUGGCUCGGGAAGAGGCUGAGAAGGCUCGGGAGGUUGCAGCUAAAGCUGCGGAAGAGGCUGAGCAGGCAAAGAGAGAGGCGCUUGAAGCUAAGGUAGGUGCGGAGGAGAGGAGGGCGGAGGCAGAGAGGUCUCAAGAUGCUGCAGAGGCGAAGGCAGCUGAAAUAGAGAAGGCGAUGGAAGAGGCUGUGUGUGCGAAGGCAGAUGAGGAGGAGAGGAGGGAGGAGGCAGAAAGAGCACGAGUUGCUGCAGAGGCGAAGGCAGGUGAACUAGAGAGGGCUUUGGAAGAGGCUGUGUGGGCAAAGGCAGAGGCGGAGGAGAAGAGGGUGGAGGCUGAAAGAGCACGAGAUGCUGCAGAGGCGAAGGUGGAGGGACUAGAGAGGGCUGUGGCAGAGGCAGAGGCGGCGAGGAAGGUAGCAGAGGAGGAGAGGGAUGAGGCGCUGAGGGGCGAGGACUGUGCAGUGGAGGAGCGGUAUGAGCUGGUGCAGGCUCUUGAAAGGGCGGGUGAGGAGAGAGAUGAGUUGACAAGGGCUGCUGAAGCAAUGAAAGGGGAGAGGGAUGAGGUGGUGCAGGCUCUGCAGAGGGUGACUGAGGAGAAGGGUGAGCUGGAGAGGGCUGUUGCAGCAGCGAUAUGGGAGAGGGAUGAAGCGGUGAGGGCUGUUGAAGCAGCGAUAGGGGAGAGGGAUGAAGCGGUGAGGGCUGUUGAAGCAGCGAUAGGGGAGAGGGAUGAAGCGGUGAGGGCUGUUGAAGCAGCGAGAGGGGAGAGAGAUGAAGCGGUGAGGGCUGUUGAAGCCGCGAGAGGGGAGAGAGAUGAAGCGGUGAGGGCUGUUGAAGCAGUGAGAGGGGAGAGAGAUGAAGCGGUGAGGGCUGUUGAAGCAGUGAGAGGGGAGAGGGAUGAGCUGGUGCAGGCUCUUGAGAGGAUGGGUGAGGAGAGGGAUGAUCUGAUGAGGGCUGCUGCAGCAGUGAGAGGGGAGAAGGAUGGGGUGGUGCAGGCGGUUGAGAUGACGGGUGAGGAGAGGGAUGAGAUGACGAGGGCUGUUGCAGAGGCUGUUAGGGAGAGGGAUGAAGCGGUGAAGGCUGUUGAAGAGGCUGUUACAGAGAGGGAUGAAGCGAUGAGGGCUGUUGAAGCAGCAAGAGAGGAGAGGGACAGGGCAGUCGAGGCUGUUGCGUUGGCAGUAGAAGAGAGGAACGAAGCAGUGAGGACUCUUGACAGGGUGACAGCGGAGAGGGACGAGGCGAUGCUGGUGAUUGAUGAGGCUGUUGGGGUGCUUGGAGGGGCCGUUGGGGCGCGGGAGGCGCGAGGGCUGGUUGGAGAGAGAGUGGUGAUUAGGGAGGGGGAGGCGAUCAGGGAGAGAGAGGCGAUUAGGGAGGGGGAGGCGAUCAGGGAGAGAGAGGCGAUUAGGGAGGGGGAGGCGAUCAGGGAGAGAGAGGCGAUUAGGGAGGGGGAGGCGAUCAGGGAGAGAGAGGCGAUUAGGGAGGGGGAUGCGAGUGGCUUGGUUGAGGAGAGGGAUGUGAGGGAGGAGAGCGAUGUGAGGGAGGAGAGCGAUGUGAUUGGGGAGAGGGAGGAGGCUGGGGAGGGGGAAGCGAUUGAGGGGAGGGAGAUGAGAGAGACGGUGAACGCAGAUGAAGCUGAAGCAGCAGGAGUGGAUGGAGACAAGGUGACGACUUGUGUGGGGUGUUCAAGUAAGUGUGAAGGGUUGGUGGGUGGGAGAGGCGAGGUGGAAGGGAGGUGGCCGGACGCGGCUGCGGUUAAGGACGACGAGAAGUGGUGGAGGGCGGUGGAGAUCGAUAGGGAGGAAGCGGAGAGGCGGCGGGAAGAGGCGAAGGGAAGACUGGAGGAGCUGAAGGGGAUUCUUGAUGAGGUGAGGGGGAAGCAGGAGGAGUCUGAGCGGAAACUAGAGGAAGUCGAGAAACAACUGGUGGACAUGGGGAUUGAGAAGGCAGAGGCAGAGAGGACGAGAGAGGAGGCGGAAAGAGGGAGGGAGGAGGCGGAAAGAGGGAGGGAGGAGGCGGAACGAGGGAGGGAGGAGGCGGAAAGGAGGAGGGAAGAGGCGGAGGCAGGGAGAGAUGAAGCUGAAAGGGCGAAGGUUGAGGCUUUGGUAAGGUUGGAAGAGGUGGAGAUGGCACGAGCAGAGGUGGAGAGUGAGAAGGUUGAGGCAGAGGAGGGGAGAGUGAGUGCAGAGGAGCAGAGGGAUGAGGCUGAGAGGAGGAGGGAUGAUUCUUUGAGGGAGAAGGAGGAAGUGGAGAGGGAAAGGGAGGAGGCGGAGAAAGCGAAAGCGGAGGCGGAGAAAGCAAAGGAGGAGGCGGGGAAAGCAUGGAAGGGAGAGGAGUUGAGGAGAGACGAGGCAGAGAAGGCGCUAGAAGAGGCACUGGAGGCAGGUUUUGUGGUGGAUGGGCGGACGGGGGAGACAGAGAGGAGGAGAGAGGAGGCAGAGCAGAGCAGAGAAGAGGCAGAGAAGAUGAGAGAAGUGGCAGAGAAGGGAAGAGAGGAAGCAGAGAGGAGGAGAGAGGAGGCAGAGAGGAGGGGAGAUGAGGCAGAGAGGGCACUAGAAGAGGCGCUAGAGGCAGUAGUGCAGGCAGAGGUUCGAAGGGAAGAGGCGGAGAGGGAUAGAGAUGAGGCAGAGAGGAGGAGGGAAGAGGCGGAGAGGAGAAAAGAAGAGGUUGAGAAGGAUUUGACUGAGCUGGUGGUGAAGCUUGAGGUACUAGAGAAGGCAAAAGCAGAGGCGGAGGAGGGGGGUCAGGAAAAAAAUGCAUUGACAGGUGAAGAUGCAGAAAAGGGGGAAGUGGAUGGGAGGAUUACAGAGGGGGAGAGGGAGAGGGAGCGGGUGGAACGGGAGGUGGAAGAGUUGACAGUGCAGAUAGAGGUACUAGAGAGAGAGAAGGAGGAGGGUGAACGGGAGAAGGAGAGAGCUGAGAAGGAGAAGGAAGAGGCAUUGAGAGAAAGGGAGGAGGUUGUGAGACGGCUUGAGGAGAUGCUGGAAGAGGUGAGAAGGGAAAGGGAGGAGGCUGAACAAGAGAAGGAGGAAGCUUACAAAAGGGCAGAAGAUGCUGGAGUACGAGCUGAGGAGGCUGGUAAGGCGAGUGAGGAAGCAGCGAGGCGAGUGAGAGAGGCAGAAGCAGGAAGAGAAGAGGCGGAGAGGAGGAGAGAAGUAGCAGAGGGGGCACUGUCGCUAGCAGAGGUGGUAUUGCAGGAGGCGGAGGUGUGGAGAGAAGAGGCAGGGAGGCGUUGGGGAGAAGCAGAGGGGGCAGUGUUGAUGGUCGAGGUGGUAUUGCAGGAGACAGAGGCGUGGAGAGAGGCGGCAGAGAGGAAGUUGGCUGAAGGAGAGGGUUUAUGGAAAGAAGCUGCGCGUGCGAGAGAGGAGGCAGAGAGGAGGAGAGAAGAAGCAGAGGGGGCACUGUCGCUAGCAGAGGUGGUAUUGCAGGAGGCAGAGGUGUGGAGAGAAGAUGCGGUGAGGAGAUUAGAAGAGGGAGAGGCGUUGAGGAAGGAGGCUGAGCGGGCGAGAGAGGAGGCUGAGAAGAGGAGGGAAGAAGCAGAGGCGGCUGUGGGGGUAGCAGAGGCAGCGAGGGAUGAGAUGGAGCGGGCGAAAGAGGAGGCUGAGGCUAGCUGGGAAGAGGCGCUGGGAAUGCUGGGAGAGGCUGAGAGAGGGAGAGAGGAGGCGGAGAGGAGAAGAGAGGAGGCGGAGAGGGGGAGAGAGGAGGCGGAAAGACGAGGAGAGGGGGCAGAGAGUGAAGGAGAGGAGGCAGAAGGUAAGGAACGAGGGGAGGCUGCAACGCACAGUUGUGAAGAGGGUGUGGUGAUUGUGUCAGAAGCUGAUGAACAACCUGUAGAGACGAGAGGGGCUGGCGAGGAAAUGGAGGGAGAGAUUGGGGAAGAGGAAACGGAAAAUGGUGGUGUGCAGGGAGAGGAGGGAGGAGAGGCAGUGGAGGGCGUUUUAAAAUGCGCGCCAAGGGUGGGUAAGGGAUGGGGUGGAGGUGAGGGGGAUGGGGAGAGCAGUGGGGGGGAGGAGGAGGAUAAGGGCUGCAGCCGGGAGGAGAAGCGUCGGGAGAGCAGUGGGGAGGAGGAGCAGGUGAAGGGAGUGAUUUGCCACUGCACUCAGAAAGAGGUGCUUCCUGAGGGUGCUGUGUCCGAGGUGCCACGCCGAGGGUGGCCGAAUCCUGACAGCAGUGGUGGGGAGACAAGUGUAGCUGGCAUGAGCUUGUUGGAAAGGGGGGAGUUGGAGAGGGAGAGGGAUGAGCUAAGAGUGCGGUGGGAGGCGGCAGAGGAGAGACGGAGGGAGCUGGAAGCGAUUGUGAGUAAAACGGGUGUGCAGUUAGAGAGGGCGAAUGGGGUGGAGGAGGCAGAGAGGGGGAGGGAGGAGGUGGUGAAGGAGAGAGACGAGGCAGUGCAUGUGAUGCAUGAGGCAGUGAGAGAAAAGGAUGAGGCUCUGGAAGCCAGGGACGAGGCGUUUAAGGCGAGGGAUGAAGCUGAGAAGGCGAAGCGAGAGGCAGAAGCGAAGGUUGAGGAGGCGGAGAAGGAGAGGGAUGAGGCAUGUGAAGCAAGGGAUGAAGCAGUGCGAGCGUGGGAGGGUGUGGAGGAGGCAAGGAGAGAGGCGGAGGCGGCGAGGGAUGAAGCGUUGGAAUCAAGAGAGGGGAUUCAGAAGUUAUGGGAUGAUGCUGAGGAGGCGAGGAGAGCGACGGAGGCAUGGCUUGAAGAGUUUAAGCAGGCUUUGGAGGCAGCUGAAAUGGCAAGGCAAGAGGCUGAGAUGGCUAAGGACGUGGCAGAGGCAGCGAGAGAGGAGGCUGAGGCAGCUUGGAAGGAGGCAAUGGAGAAAGCAGCAGAUGCGGAGGAGAGGAGUGAGGAGGAGAGGAAGGUGAGAGAAGAAGCAGAGAGGGCGAGGGAAGAAGCAGAGAAGGCAAGGGAGGAAGCAGAAAGGAUGAGAGGGGAGGCUGAGAAGGGGAGGGAGGAGGCGGUAGCGCAACAAGCCAUGCCGUGCAGUGCAUGUGCGGAAAAAGACGAGGCGAUGCAAUCCAUUCUCAAUGAGCUUGUCGCUGCCCAGGCUGCCUCCGAAGCUGCCAUAGCCUCGGCGGCUGCCAACGCUGCUGAGGAGGUCCGGGCAGAGCUUCAGAUGGCACAGGAAGGAUGGGAGAAGCGGCUGAGUGAAGUGGAAGGGGAGUUGGAGCGUGUGAAAGGGGAAGGAGAGAAGCUUGAGAAGAGAGUGAAGGAAGCAGAGGAGGAGGGUGUGAGAUUGCGAGAGGAGGUGGAGGGAGAGAGGAAGGGGAGGGAGGAGGAGAGAGCUGCCAAGGAGGAAGAGAAGAGAGCAAAGGAAGAGGAGAGGAGGGAAAAGGAGGCGGAGAGGGAGAGGAGGGAGCAGGCGGAGGCAGGGAGGAGGGUAGCGGAGGAGGAGGCACAGCUGACUAGGGAGGACUUGGAGGUGAUGCGAGAGGCAAAGAGGGAGACCGUGCGCAACCUCACAGACUCCUUCCUGGCGGCGGAGGAGCAGCGGAAGCGGCUGCUGUUUCUGCUUCGCAAGGCACAAGUCAUUGAAGGUGAGGGAUUGGUGCGCGUGUGUGUGUGUGUCGUUCUCUAG